GCCGAGCGGCGGGGAGACGCGGUGAGGCUGCGCGGAAGGGAACGAGAGGGAGCCCGGCUGUUCCCAGGUCUCCCACCGCAGACGGAGCAAGGGAGAUUCCGACCCUGGAUGGAAGGAGACAAGCGCCGAAGAACAAAGGCAGAAUUAAAACUUUCUUUUUCUGUGUGUGUUUUCGAGGUAACUGCAUGUUUAUGAGAGUAUAAACCCACUGCAAAGUGUAACAAAACUAAUUCAGGAACAAUGGAAGAAGACAGCUUAGACGCCUCAUUCGGUCCUGUACAAGGUGAGCAUUCCGUUGUGAUGUUGGUGACAGGUGAGCCACCUAGUGCCGAGGAAGAAGCAGUGGCUCCUGAAGUGGAAGUAGAAGCUGCCCCCAAGGUCAUAGAGCCGCUGUCCCUACUGGAUGUCCUGAGAGUCUCUGUAGUUCUGGAAGACAUCAUCGACCAGCUCUCUAUUCUAAGAUAUAUCAUGCCUGUUCAGUAUGAAAGGAAGCAGAGUCUCAACACGAAAAGCAAUCUAGAAAAAAUUUCAGCGCUCUCAAGCACAAGGAAAAUAUCUACUGCUUUGUCAUCUAAAGAAAAGUCCACAUUGCCAGAAGUCAAACAAGGAGGCCAGUUUUCUUCAGAACUUAACAAAGGGAAGAAUUUUAUAUUUAAAAGACCUACAAGGCAGACCAUAAUGACCACAGAGACAAUGAAGAAAAUUCAGAGUGAUAGGCAGUUUUUCAGUGACGUCAUUGCAAAUACCAUGAAGGAGUUAUACAAUUCAGGCACUUUCACAAAUCUUCUGGAAGCCCUGAGCCAAGAAAGGGAAAACAAAAUGCAUUUCUAUGAUAUCAUUGCAAGGGAGGAAAAAGGAAGAAAACAAAUAAAAUCUCUUCAAAAACAGCUAGUCGAUGUCAAAAAAGAGCGGCAAGCUGAAGUACAGAACAGGAACGAAUAUAUUGCUCACCUCAAGGACCAGCUGCAAGAGAUGAAGGCGAAGACCAACUUGGAGAAUCUUUAUAUGAAAAGAAAUUGUGAGCUGCAAAUUUCUCAGACUCAGAAAAAGUGCAACAAAGCGGAGGAGUUUCUGCUGGACGAGAUUGAGAAAUUACGGACAAAAACUGAAGAAGAGAACCGAGCUCAUAUGGACAUUGAAGUGUUUCUUAGAAAAGAGCAGCAGAAACUUGAAGAGAAGCUAGAGUUUUGGAUGGAGAAAUUUGAUAAAGACACAGAAGCAAAGCAAAAUGAAUUAAAUGCUCUCAAAGCUGCAAAGGCCAGCGACCUGUCACACCUUCAAGAACUAGCAAAGAUGAUCAGGGAGUAUGAGCAGGUCAUUAUUGAAGAUCGCAUAGAAAAGGAGAAGACCAGGAUGAAGAUGGAGCAGGAUGGCUUGGAACUCAAGAGCAUCAUCAAGCUCCAGGCGUGGUGGCGAGGCACAGUGGUACGGAGGGAAAUCGGAGGAUUCCGGCUGCCCAGGAAAGAGAAAGAUGAUAGCAAGGAUUCCAAAGGGAAAGGCAAAGAGAAGGAAAAAAGGAGAGGCAAGAAGUGACUCAGUAAUCUCUUGUCCUUUCCUCUGCUUCUCUGGAGAUGUGAAGGAGGCCUUGGAAUUUCACUUUGCCCACGUACGACGUAGUAGUCUACAAAUUCUGAUGAGGUCUAUGACUUUGACGCAUGGCUUCCUCCUAUGUGAUUUGAACAAGAGUGUUUAGUAGCCUUAUAAAGAUUCCUCUUAAACUCUUAAAAAUUCCUCUUGCUCUU